AUGGACCAUCCUGCCUUGAACCACUGCCGUCUUGAUGAGUCUCCAAUUGUUUCUGUUUUCUCUGACUACAAAUAUUCCCACAAUGGAUUCCGGAGCAGCCUGGAUCUCAUAGUAGACAUCCCGACGGCUCAGGCCCUGAUCGCAAGUGGAAAAAUUCAGGAAACUGGCUGGAUUUUCCAACAUUUAAUUUCCCAGCUGAUUACUAUGAUUAAGAGCCCAUCUGGCACAGCCCGUUUGCAAGGAAGCCAGGAAAGCCCUUUCUAUUAGAUCUUGGAAACUCAGACUGUGCCUUGUACUGCCUGGCUAGGACAAGCUUCUGGAGGUUCCAUUUAUCCAGAGGCAGAAUGGACCCUCUUCCUUGCUACUAAAAUUGUUGCCAGUUUCAACAAAGAGACUAAACUACCUAAGGAAACAAUGUUUCCUCUUACAAGGUACAAUCUUGGCUCCUCCGCCAUGGGUUGGGGGGGGGGGGGUGGUGGCGUUCUUGGAAAUGUACUCCAGAGACUUUCUUAUUUAACCAGGAUUCAAACUGCAUUGCUACAUAAUUCCUCCUGCUGAGGCCCUAUGAAAGGAAUGAGUUGGGACAGAUACAGCAAGAUAGUAGGAUAAAUUUCGCCCAUUCUUCUGGCUAUACUACACAGGAGUGAACUUGAUUUCAACAAGAUGACCCAAUUCUUAGCAUGCUUUUCUACCCACUUUCACCCAUAACGCUUCCAAGUCACUGUCUGAUUCAAGAUGUGCAGAGAAACAAAAUGGAAAAAAAGACAAAUUGGCCAGUAAAAAGUAAGAUGACAUUUAAAAUAGUUUGCAAGUUAAUGGGGGGAAAGGGGUAUUUUGUUUAAAAAACAAAAAUAAAAACAAAAAAAAACCCCCGUGAUUAAACCUUGGGGUGGCAUAGCACAUCACUAUCCUUUUGUGGUUUUGAGUGUAUUUUAUUCAUGCACUGGAAGUAGAUAUUCGUCAUACUGUUAAUAAUUGUUCUACUAAAUUGUACUCAACAGUGUGCAUCUCUGUAACCUUGUUUACUAUUUUCUUCCUGUACUUUUUUCUUAAGCUCAUUUCUGAGGGGUGGUUGGUUCACAUAAGCUUUCAAUUUUUAAAUAACACACACAAUCCGUUUUUUUUCACUAGGCAUCUUUGCUCAAAGUGGGGAAGAAUCAGAUUGUGAUUGUGGUGUAAAUCAGUCAGUCCUUUUCUUCCCUUUACAAGAAAAGCUGUGGGUAAUAGAAAAGAGAACUGGAGGAAAUAAAAAUUCUACGGAGGCUUUUAUGAAUUCAGUCAUUAGAGUCAGAAGAGCUAGCUAGCUCCAUGGAGUGAGGGAAAGAGAAGAAAAUGCAAUUUUUUUUUUCUUUUAAAGAGCUGUUACUUUAAGCCUCUCUAGUAUCCCCCUUCUCUUCCAUCCAGUAUCCUGGUCCCACCCAGGCCUACUGAGAAUCCAGGGCUGGGGCACUUCAGAAGCUGGAAGGGGAGUGAGAGAGAGGCUGUGGGUUAGCCUUGCCUGGUCAUCAGGAGAGGUCCAGGCAGAAAGGCUGCCUAGAGAGCCUCACUCUGACCUCUCUGAAACCACAUCAGAGAACCUCCAAAAUGGUAUCAGUCAUCCUGAAACUUGAUCGGUAAAGAAUUUUCAGCUUAAUCUUAAGAAAAAAUAAAAUACUUAAUCUUAUUGGGAUCUUUUGAGGCAGGAAAAUCUGAUGAGAAGUAAACAUUCCCUAUAUUCCUAUGCCUUGGGUAUGCUCCUGGAAACACUGGAGGGAUUGUUUGCCAAAAAGUCUUGGCAGUGUUCAAGGAUGGCUGGCCAAGUCAUAAGAGAAGGAAGAGAAGAGGUUUAUGUGGUACUGAGUCCAGCAUUGUGUGUAAAACACAGGUUUCAAUGUAAAGAAAUCUGUUGCACAAAACCCUUGGAAAACAUAGCAUCAUCUCUUUUCUGUACUACCCCCCCAACAAGUACCCUGUUCCUCCAAAAAAAUUUUUUUAGAAAAUAAGGAAAAAAUAGGCGGGAAUCAACAUGACCUUAAGGAAGCGAAUCCCUUUGUUUUAAUUUUCUUUUCCUUUUGCUUUUACAUUUAAGAGUUAAGACGACGUUUCAGCAGAGAAUUGCGGAGAAGGGUAAAGGGAAAUCAAUAAAGUUAUUCUGUGACUUUUCCCAGGAGGGAGCUGGGUUAAUCGAGAACGGCCUGCUUGGCUAUAUAUCAAGUCCGAAGAGAGAGCAGGAGUUGAUUUUGAAACAGAUUUCCCAGCUAAACUGAAGGAGAUAUAUGUAAAUAUACAUGUAUGAACAUACAUUCAUGUGUAAUUUUUACAUGAGUGGUGUGUGUCUGCAUGUGUCCUAUUAUAUACAUUCUAAUGUAUAUGAACAGGAUAUAUGACGUGCACACACAUUUAAAAAGUAGAUGAGAAAAUUCCUUUAGGUCAUUAAUGAUAUUGGACAAAAAUUCCUCCAACAGUAGUUUCUAGAUAUUGAUCUAGGAUCCUUUUACACUUUAUAAGUUUCUCUAAUAAGUCCUUUGGCUCCCAUAGAAGGAAUUUGAUGUAAUAAAGCCUAAAGUGACAGAUGAAGGGAUGGAAAUCAGAUUUCCUGACCCAAGGCCAGUGGAAGUGUCUUUGAGGAUGAGGAAGCUUCUGAAGAGUCUCUCUGGGUAAUUCAUGUGGUUACUUUCUCUAGUGACUACAGAAAUUUCUAGCGGGUCUAUAGAGCUUCUGGAAGCCAAGUUGGCCAGGGCACUACUUGAUUCCAUUGGGUCAUAGUACCACAUUCUCCUGUCCACUGGAAGCAGCAGUGGUUUCUUCUGGACAGACUUGGACAACACAGUUGGGUUGGAAGCAGGAUACCUGAGUGUCAGUCCUGAUGUCAUCUUCCCAUUGUGAUCUUGAGUGAGUUAGCUAUCCUUUCUGGAUAUCAGUUUCCUUUUUUAUAAAAUAGGAUGAAUAAUUCUUGCUCCUUCCAAACAACUUCCUUAUUGCCCAAGAAUCUUGUCCGCAAUUCUUUGUGCCACUCAAUGCUCAGAUUUUGGAGACCACUAAAGGGUUAUCUCCUUUCCAUGACCAAUCUACUGGGAUUAAUCCCACCAUUCUGAAGCCCUUCACAUUUUUCUUCUCUCAUUUUGGAUGUUCAGAUUCUGAAUUGUUUUUAACAUCAGCGAAGAUGCUCUAUUUUCUUUCUUUCUUUUUUAAAGAUACUAUUUGUUUAUUUUGGGGAGGAAGAGAGAGAUCAUGAGCAGGAGGAGAGGGAGAGUGAGACUAUCUCAAGCAGACUCCCCACUGAGCCCGGAGCCCAGUGUUGGGCUUAAUCUCAUCACCCAGAAACCAUGACAACAGCCAAAAUCAAGAGUCGGUUGCUUAACCAACUAAGCCACACAAGCACUCCUCUAUUUUCUAAAUCUAAAUGCCAUAUGUAUUGUAACUGUUAAGAAAAUACUUUUGUAAGAGAAUGGAAUCUAGACAGACAGAGAGGGACUGUGUGGAGUUCUGGAAUUUCCCUGGAGGAAAUUUCAUAGUGUAUCUAGUCUAACCCUCUGUUUUACAUCUGAGGAAGCUAAUGAUCUGAGAAGUAAAAUGUAUUGUCCAAGGUUACUGUGACAGAAUUAAGUGGAGAACCCAUGUCUCUUUAACUUUAAGUUCUGUAUUCUUUCCAUUGGUUCAUGUGUCUUGAGACCACUAUAAUUAGAAAUCGUACCUGAGGGGUGCCAGAAAGAAGGAAAGAAAAGGAAAGGAAAGAAAGUAAGUAAGUAAGAAAGAAAGAACUUGAAGGUAAGUAAGCAGACCAGAUAAAGAUAUCUCAACCUUUGGUUUUCUCCAGGGUCAGAUUCUAACUCUUUGUGCGUAACCUGACCAACGUGGCUUUAGCAUCCUCAUGAAAGAUGAAGGCUUCCUGGUUGCCAGAGCCUCUUCUUUUUGUCCCUUCCUGUCCCUUAAGCCCCAGCCCAGAAUCUGGAUCUAAUUGAAUUCCUAUUUUUUUUAAAAGAUUUUAUUAAUUUAUUUGACAGAGAAAGAGAUAGCAAGUAGGCAGAGAGGCAGGCAGAGAGAGAGAUGGGGAAGCAGGCUCCCCGCCGAGCAGAGAGCCCAAUGUGGGGCUUGAUUCCAGGACCCUGAAAUCAUGACCUGAGCCGAAGGCAGAGAGGUUUAACCCACUGAGCCACUCAGGUGCCCCGAAUUCCUAUUUUUUCAUGUCUAUUUUGGACAUGGUUGCAUUUGCCCCAUAUUUCAUAGCUCUUAAAUUCUAUCUUUGAGUUGACUUUACCCAUUUCUUAUUCAACAUUUACUGGGAGUUUACCUUGUGCCAGUCAUGUGCAGUUGGCUGGAGAUACAGAGCCAUAUCUCACAGUGUUACAUGUCCUGUGUGAGAUAUGUUCCCAUCAGAUAUGCUGGGGGUGCUGGGGAGGGAGAUUCUGGGAUCAUCCAAGGAAUCCAAGAAGCCAAUUAUCCAGUGAUAAUUGCCUUUACUCUCUCAUCCCCUUCCUUAUGAGGGCAGGCAAGUUAAUUUUAGAUGAUGAUCUUUUCCAGGGAUUUUUCUGCCUUGUUUUCAACAAAAGAGAAGCCAUGUGUAGGAUUUUUCCUUUACCUCCAUGUCCCCCCCAGGGUUAGAUAGUCUCACCAUGAGUUCUCUGAACAAAGCGGGUUUCCCAGUACUUCAGUCAAUUCUUAGGGGGUUGCAGAAAGCAGGUCCUGGGGGCCCAGAGAUAUGUGCAAAUGCAGACUAGUUGUGGGGAAGAUAUUGUCCUCCCAUCAUUUCCUCCACAACUUUAAUUUUUCAAUCAAUUUUCUUUGUCUUCUUUGGUUUUAAAGACAUCGACAAGUUGACACCUAGAUGUUCCCUAGAAACACCCAAAGCUCUGUUCACAUUUUAUAACAGGACACUAGCCAGAUUUUGUUUGUUUUGUUUCGUUUUCAAAGUUCUUCUCCUCCUUCCUUACCUUAGAAUUUUCCUCACUUUUCCAUCAAAUUUAAGACAUGGAUUAAAGACAUGAGACAUAAGACAGAUUAAACUCAUGGCAGAGGAGGAAGAUCAUCAGUUAAAGAUUGCUUGCCUCUGUAUGAUCACCUAUUGGUCUGUUACAUAGCACUGUGACCUAGAUUAGUAUUAAGUUCCCAGAAGAGUACAGGUGCCACAACAAUGUAUAAAGCACCUAUUAUGUGGCAGGCUUGAUGGCAGCCAGAGUAAGAUCACAAUCAGUGCCUCUCUGUGUAGUGCACGGGAAGUAUCUGCAGAGCUGAGAGACCCGUGGGCCCAUAAAUUCAACAAUUUUCCAGACUUGGGCCAGGUAGUCAGAAUAUCACAGUGAAUCUUGGAAGACUUAAGUAUGCCAGAAAAUUCACUUAACCUCCCCUCAUUUGGGAGUGCGGGGUGGUUGCCAACAACAGUUGGUUUGCUCUGUACCUGCCUGGGUUGGAGCCUACAGUCCAACAUUUCAGAAGGGCAAAGCAGGAGACCCCAGAAGGCUGGCCUGGCUCCCUCUGACAUAGUUCCCUGUGGUCUUCGUGUCAUUGCUAUUUGCUGCAUGGAGAGACUCUUUGAUGCGUGUUGAACGUGCCACACUUAAACUCUCUGAGGUAGCAGUUUCUACCUUUAAAAUAUGCCUUGAUGUCUCCCCAGAGUGCUCCCUGCUCAUCCCUAUUCAUCUGUCUCUGUUUGAAUCUUAGCAGGAAUUCUGAUGCUACCAAGGCCCCUUGGUCCCUGAAAUGUAUCUCAAACUAUGUUUUGGUGUUCUUUUAAUUUUAUUAAUUCUGCACACUCAGUGCUUUUGAAAAUCAUCUAUUUCACAAAAGCUCAAGUAAAUUUAAUCGUAUCUUUUUGAACCCCUUCCUUACUGUGCUGCCAUUAGUUAAUAAUGGGGGAGACCAAAAGGCACGGGGUCUGAUUAUUAUUAACGAUACCUCAGAGUCGCACAUACUCACUCCCAGUGAACUCUCGGCAGUUCAUACACAUUAGCUCAUUUUUCCUCACAACAGCUGGGCUGGGAGACCUAGAUUCUAUUCUUGGUGCUCUAACAACCUUCUUGGGAAAGGUAUUUAGCCACUAAUUGCCUCAGUUCCCAACUAUGAAAAGGGAAUAAUGAUAUGAGGAUAUUUGCUUUUCCUUCUCCUUCUCCUAAACCUUUAGAACCUAAAGAGAAAAAAACAAAAAACAAAAAACAAAACAAAAACCCUGAAGAGACAAAGUCUAAAAGAGAAGGAGGAGUGUGUCUUGACUUUAUGUCCAUAAUGAAAAGGUGAGAUACAGUCCUAGGAGCAUGACUAGAAUCCUUGAAAUCUGAAUUGUGAUUCACUCUCUGCUUACGGAUGGACCAUCGCCUUUGAUACCUCUCUCCUUUAUAUUGGAAAACACUGAGAGAUCCACAGCUGGUGAAUAUUAUACAAGGGGCCCAAUCAUCUACAGAGCAUGAACGGAGUCCGCAAAGAUGUCUCUAGGAAGCAUGGCAUCGAUAAGACUGGAUUUCAGAUGAGAACACUCUUGGCUUCCAAAGCCUUCCUCUUCCCCCGCCUCUCUCCUUUCCCUCACAACCUCCAGGCUUUGUAGCGAUUUCAGAAAUAUAUACCGGUAACUCCAGCCCAAGUCACUGGCCUAUAUCUUUGGUCUCAUAUCAUCUCUAGACUCUUGGCCUGGCAAUCUCAGUCUUCAAAAGUUCCAGGGGCCGAAAUAUGCCUCUUUGUUUGCCAGCCUAAAUCUAAUGACUGAAAGGCAGAGAACCUAGACCAAAAUAGAACUUGGCUCUUAGAAGACACGUGUCAGCCAAGAAUAAUGCUUUUUAUAAUGGCAGGCUCAGUUCUGUUAGUGCACAGGUAACAGGGAUCUCACCCUUUAGAAGGGGCUUGAUUUUCUCUAUUUUUCUCUCUCAGUUUACCCAUUGUUACGUAGGAGCAAGAGCUUCUCUCUUUUACCUGUAGAGGCUCAAAAGGCUACUGAAAUGUACUACUUGCCAAUUGGUAAAGUCAUAUGGAAUGAAACAUAGAUUACCUUCCCAAGAGCUUCCCAAACAACAUGGCCCCAUCACAUAAACUCCAGACCUUGCAUAGAGUUAAUCUGGAUGCCAAGAAGAGUCCUCUGAAGCUCCCCCAAUGAGGCAAUGGAAUUAUUUUAUAUAUUCAUAUCAAAAAUAUUAUUUUAAAUAUAUAUGCUAAAGACUUCUCUCACCAUUGAUUUUCCCUAAUAUUCUAAAAGGCUAAGGAAAAAAAAAUUUUUUUUAACUAGGCAUAAAUUCAAGUAUUUAGCCUGAUAUUACUUAAACUGACACUUGGAACUCUAAGGGAUUUGGGGUCUAAAAUCUGCCAAAUGACUUCUUUUGAGACCACUUGAGCUAGACUGCUGGUACCAAACACUGCUCCCUACUGGUUCAAAGUCUCGUUGCUUCAGGGAAAUGACUUUGCUGAUACAUGCAUAAGGCAGCUUCCUCCUCCUCCUUGUCCUGGGAAUAUUUUUGCCAAUUAAUGAGGGACUCUUGCUAAUGGAGUUGAGAUACAGUUCACAUCUAAAGUAUGUUUAGAGUUUAAGGGCACGUCCAGCUCUCCCUUGAGGGUUGCCAUCAGCCCCCUAAGGGGAUGCAUCUUUUUUUUUUUUUUUAAGAUUUUUAUUUAUUUAUUGAGAGAGAGUCAGUGAGAGAGAGCAUGAGCGAGGCGAAGGUCAGAGGGAGAAGCAGACUCCCCGUGGAGCUGGGAGCCCGAUGCGGGACUCCAUCCCGGGACUCCGGGAUCAUGACCUGAGCCGAAGGCAGUCGUCCAACCAACUGAGCCACCCAGGCAUCCCAAGGGGAUGCAUCUUUAGAAACUUAAGAGGAGUUGAAAUUCUAAAAGUGCAUUAUUGCUUGUGGAAGGACAGACUGAACACUGUCACGUUCCCCCUGCCCUCCCCUAGCCAGAGAUGGGAGUUGCCCAGAUGAAGACGAGGACGGAAGCUAGCCUGCAGAGCAUAUCACUUAUACAUACUUAAAUAUUCUUCCCUUAGGCAAAGUAAGCAUGUGUCUAACCUUUUUUUCACAAUACAUAUUAUGAAACUCUGGAGCCUUGAGGUCCUAUGGUCACGAACCAUUUCGAGCUUCUCAGCCUCAUUUUCUGAAAUGAGGGCAUCUGAGCUGGGUUGCUUAUCUCAGAUCUGGACUUACCCACACACUUUAAAGUGCAAGAGAUCUCCCUCCCUGCAUGUAGCCCAGAAUAGUCCUCACAGCCACGUCAUCUUGGACACUUUAUCACUUGAUAUUACCUCCUAAUCCACAGAUCAGGGAGAUUUUAGACAGAAUUCGUCUGGCUUCAAACAGAAACAGAUGACUGCAGAACAUUUAGAAUGAGUUUAACAGACCAAUUUGCCAUUUUUCAGAAACACAAAUAAACAUGGCUCUACGUGGGACCUCAGCCAGAGUAGAGUCUUUGCAAAUAAGACUGUAAUUUGCCCUUUAUUAAAUGUUACUUUUUAAAAAAAUAAAUAAAUAGAUUUUAUUUAUUUAUUUGACAGAGAGAGAGAGAGAGAGAGAGAUCACAAGCAGGCAGAGAGGCAGGCAGAGAGAGAGGGGAGAAGCAGGCUCCCCGCUGAGCAGAGAGCCUGAUAUAGGGCUUGAUCCCAGGACCCUGAAAUCAUGACCUGAGCCGAAGGCAGAGGCUUAACACACUGAGCCACCCAGAUGCCCCAAAUAUUACUUUUUAAAGUAACAAGAAAAAAGAUUUUAUUUAUUCAUUUGAGAGACAGAGAGAUAGUGAAAGACAGCAUGGGUGGGGGUUGGGGAGAGGGAAAAGCAGGCUCCCCACUGAGCAGAGAGCCACAUGUAGGACUCGGUACCAGGAUCCCGGGAUCAUGACUGAGCCACCCACAUGCCUUAAAUGUUACUCUUAUGUGGCAUUAGACUAAGCAUCAUUCCAAAGGUUAUUUAGACAUGAACUUGGCUCUCUCAAAACGUUACGACCAAAGCCACAUCAGCAUACAAGUUUAUUAAAAAUCUUUUGCUGCCCGCAGAUACUGUGCUAUAUACCAGAAACAAAAGUGACCACGUGACAACCCCUGUCUCUAUUCACCUUGUAUUAUGGGGAUAGAGACCGCAUAGUCUAUGGAUAGUGCCAACACCAGGGCCCCCUUCCUCUCCUCCAGCUAAGGGAGUAACACUACCUAGCACAGGGCCUGACAUACAGUCAAGUACUAAAUAAAUAAUUAUUGGCCAAAAUGAGCUCAAUGAAAAGAAUGAAUAAAUGUUACGGUAGAUUAAGUACAGAGUGCUGUGGAAAAUACAUCAAAAGAGAAACUAGACUAGUUCGAGGGGAUGAACUGUAGAAAUUGUUAGUUACACUGAGACAAGAGUCAAAGAGUCAAAUGUUGCAGAGGAAAGUCCAGGCUGGUGGUGUUAGACCUGGUUCAAGUCCUAGCAGUGCCAUCAAGAGUUGGGCCAUUCUAGCUAUGUCAUAUCUUACUUCCUCCCUCUGUAAAACACUGGUGAUGGCUUUGGGAGACUAAAUUAGAUAUUAUUUAUCUAUAAACCUCUGUCGCAAAGAAGAACAUCAAUAAUGGCUAUUGGAGGAGUAACAGAGAACAGAACUGCAGUGCUCAAGUAAUGAGUCCCUAAGUCGUGAGGUUAAGAGCACAAACGUUUGAGGGAUGGAUGGCAAUGAUGAACUUCAAGUUCGUGGUGGCGGCUAGGAGAGGUGUCACAGAACUUCUCAGCUUCUAAGCCUAGAUAAGGCGGGGGAAGGGCAGGUAGGUGACUUACGGGAUUUGUCUUCCUCUUCCAAUCCAUCCCCGAAGGCUUUCAUAUUCACAUUUUAACUGUAGACCUAUGUGGGCCUUGCCUGUCGCUGUUCACGGUGGGGCAUAUACCAUUUCAGAUAAUUAAUAAUCUGAGGAUAUUGUGAUGUAUGGAAACUCGAUGCAGAUUAUAUAUGUGUUUGUGUUUAUAUACAUAUGCAUAGAAAUACAUAAUAAAAAUGUAACCUUUUCCCCCAUAAGUUCUUAUAAAAAUUAGCUUCUGUUGCUUAUAUCUUAAAUGUCCACAAAUGUUCCUGACCCCUUCCUUCGGUUCUUCCUUCCCCGCAUGUCCAUUAGGAACUUUCCCACUACGUUCGUGUAGUUAGAUCAGUACACACACACACACACACACACACACACACGUGCAUGCAUCCACACACCUGUUCUCUACUAGCUUCAGCUUUUUUUUUAGGUGAGCUUUGGGAUAUGCCCUGAGUUGAACUGGAUUGUCAGCUCUGUUAAUAGGGGAGGAUCAAGGAGGAGACGACGUGAGCCACUGACUUUUGGGUUUUCAGUCCCUGACACGAGCUGCGACUCCAAGGACAUGGCAAAACCAAAAAAUGUCAAACCAGAAAGUGCGGGAGACCAAAGAAAGGGGAUGGCGGGGGCCAAAGAUGAAGGAAGGCACCGGGCGUAAAAACAUUUUAGACAUAAAAAUUGGGGGAGGGGAGAACUAGAGGUGGUUCCGAUGAUGGUGGGGGAGGGAAAGCCAUUGGUGGGGCCUUUGAAAUUGUGCCAGGAACCAAGAGCCAGGGGCAGUGGCAGAGGGGAAGGCCAGGUAGGACAAUUAAAACGGAAAUCUGGCUCCUUCCAGCGCAGCAUGAAACAGGGCUACAGAAUUUGCUGCAGUGGGAGGUGGGGCCAGUCUGGCACAGUCUGUGCGUUUGAAAGGAGCAGGGCGGGUUGGGGAAUGCCAGUCAGCCUUUGUAGUUCUGAGCUCAGAGAGGGGGUGACAAACACUGGGCUUCAGGUCAGAAGCCUGGCCUGGGUGGCUUUUGGAGAAAAUUUCCCUCUGCUCCCAGACUCUUAAAAUCCUCUCAUCACACCACUGGCCUCCAGUCACAGCAUAAACACGUGUCCUGGAGAUGGCCCUCCAGCAGAGGUUUCGGCCGUGGUACCUGUUGGCUGACUGAUGGGAUCCUUCUCCUGUCCUCCUCCCUAGACAUCCUGACGGGGGCUGAAUACAGUUUUUUUGCAUAUUUCCCUUUACCCUUCCCACAUGCUUCCCAUCUCCCAGACUCCUAGGGUUAAUCCCCAGGACAACCUUGCUUUGAAAGAAAAAAUGUGGUGAGCCUCCUAGAAGAUUUGGAUCUCAGAAGCCUCUGUCUGUCCUGCUUCAGCCAGACACCAGACAGCGGGCUCAAGGAGAUGGACACUGACAGAGAAAGAAGCAGUAAGUUUUUGUUGUUUGUUUCUGAGGCAUAGUUGCUCUCCAGAAUUAAGGCCCCUGAAGGCAUGAGGCUUUCUUUUCUUUAUUUUUUCCGCCUUUCCUCUUCGUUUCUUUUUCUUUUCUUUCUUUCUCAGCAGAAGUAAAUACUAUCCCGUUCCCAUCCUGGGGCUGAUUCAGAAAAGCAAUUGAAUUAGAAAGCGUUUCUUCAUUGAUGUUCGUAUCUGGGGUUAAAAAUAUCUGAAGUUGAUUUGUGCGUGCCUAUUCUCAACACUGUAAUAUUUUAAAAUGUAUCUGCAUUUGUUAAAGUAAUUUGUACUGAUUGUUCUUCUCCAGAAUAAAUACUAUCUAUCUGGCUGAUUGAUUGUAAUUAUGAUGAAUUUGUCCCGGCACUUGCAUGGAUGUCUUCUUUGAGGAUUUUUGUGCAUCUUUGCUGCUCAUCAAAGGGAAGGCUAGAAGGACUUUGGAAGGAGGGUGUGGUCGGGCUGAUUCAGCUUCCUUCCCGGCCCAUCCCUGACUCCUUCCCUCUGCUCCUCCCUCUCCCCAUCUCCUACCCUGGCUCCUCAGAUCCCUCCUGAGCCAGCUGUCAGUGAAACGGCAUUUACCUUUCAUUUCGUAUCACCUGUGUUAGACUCAGGCAGGUAGGACACCACUCCCCACAAUCAAAUUCAUUACAUUUGUAAUCUCAGCAUUUUUUCAGACCAAGGCGGAGGAGACCAGACUGUUACUUCCACUCCUUAAGCUUCUCUUCUCCUGGGAUUAUUAGCCAAGAUAGUAAUAACAAUAGUAAUACUGUAUUUAGAAACUCUCAGGCACACUUGAUCUCUGAGAGUCGUACAGAUGUUAACUAAUUAAUCCGUGCAAGAGAGGUAAAUAUUAUUAACCAUGAUGGAAUAUACCUAUGUAUAUGCUAAGGACAGCAAAAUAGUUCACUUAUUUAUCACGGUUCACUUGCUAUAGUCACUGGUAUUUUUAAAACACCCAUCAUAGAUACAAUAAUUAGAGAUGUGCUUUUGUUAACAAAACCACUACCCACUUCUAGCGUACCCUUGGGUACUAAGUAAUUACCCACUUUGUGUGGUUAUCUAGCUCACUAAUUACCCACAGAAAUUGGGGUCAGGUGUUAACUGCUUGAAAUAAGUAUCCUCCAAAGACAUCGCUGAGUUGUAUAGAGAAAAUGAUGUGUUCAGAGCAAAACUUUCAUAACUCAUAUAUUUGUAUAUCUUCGUAAGCGGAGCGAAUACCGACCGGGGCAGAUCGGCUCAGCACGUGAAAAUCAUGCUGAACUGUUGUGGCGAUGGCAGGGAGGUUUUGGAGAGUCUGGGGACAUUUCAUCCUCUGUUGACCUUUCCUUUCUGAAGAUGAGUGGAAGGACAGGGGUCCCAUAAUCUGCCCUUCAUAUGCACGCACACUAAGACAAUUGGUGAGUCUGGUUAGGAGUGAUUCAUUUUGGCGGUACAGGGAGGCACCCAGUGAGUCAAAGAUUUUUUUUUUUUUUUUGACAGCUCCACCCAUUAUGAGUAUACUAGCAUGUUUCUUUUUUUCUCAUCAGUCUAGUGCAAACACACUAUUAGCCAAACCUGAAAAAGAUUUUAACCCAGUCCCCAAGCCUGCCAACCAUCUCUUUCUCCUUCCCAAUAAUGACAAAAAGAAAGAAAGAAAGAAAGAAAGAAAGAGAGAAAAGGAAAGUAUUAAAGGGAAUCCAGCACUAUGAUUUUAAGUCUCUUUUUGCCUGGAUAUCUUCUCCCUCCCCCUCCCUCCCCCUCCCUCCCCUUCCCUCCUCUUCCCUCCCCUCCCGGUCCCUUCCUCUCCUCUCUUCUCCUUUCCCUUCUUCCUCUCUCUGUGUCUCCUCAUUUGUGUUUUUCCUUCUCCUUUUCCUUGGCCUCCAGCUGUGCUUCUGCAGGUCUCCCGGUGAGAGACAAAGCAUAGUGUCUGAACUGAGCACAAAGAAGCUACCUUUAAAAAACAUCGACUUGGGGGAAACCUGCCUCCUCAGAUACCUCCCUCCCUUUCUUGCUAUUUACAGAACUCAGCCUUACACUUCACACAGGCCCAUUGUCUGCGUGAUUCUAGCCAGGAAAAUCAGGUGAAGAUGGCCAUAUACCCACUGUGUGUAUAGAUAGGUAGAGACCCCAAUUAUCAGGAGCUACCUGUUUUCCGGGAUCAUCGUGUAGCCGAGCUUUGAAAACGCACGCCCACAGACAUGAUGGGAGAGGCUCCCCUGUUCAAGUCAGGAUGUCUUUCAUUUUUAUCUUGUGCCACUUUUUUUUGUCAUCGGAAUGAUUACUUAUCAUUAUCAAGGGGCUUUAGGCUGAUCAAUGGAGUGUGUAUGUAUCUGAUGGACAUUUGAGGAGAAACCCUUCAGAAAGAAGGAAAAUGUCUGCAGUGGAAGUCGAGGGUUAGUAUGAGCUACAGUGACUGAUGAGUUCAUUUCAAAAUCCACGGGCACGUAAGUGGUAAAUUAGUACAUACAGCAAACAGAGUCAGCAAGCAAAGCCUCCCGUUGAAAGGAAAGAGACUUUGAGCAUUGUAGUCAUCUCACGCCUGAAGAGAGUGCCUAUUUUAAAUAUAGAUUCGAAUCCCUGCCCUUUUAUCCCUCUACAUGCCGAUUUCAAAGAAGUAUUUGGGCACUGUUGACUUUCCAUCCGUGAAGAAAACCCACCAAGAUGCAGGAAACGUACACAUGCACUCCAACAUGCUUAGGUGUUUUAGAUGCUCGUGGGAUGCGGAACAAUUAGGCAGAGAACUGCACUGUGGUCUCUCUUCGUCACUCCUCCCCCCACACACACACUUUUUUUCCCCUCCCUUCUAGAAAGCGUGAUACCUGAUCUCUGGGUCUAGCAGGCUGAGGAUUUUUCUGUAUUUGUAUAAUACAAUGUCUGGCCUUCCCCCUGACCUGCUGGUGUAUUUUUGGUCUCAUUAGUAGUCAGAAAGAUGCUUUCGUGUAUCCGGGGCUGCGAGUCAGGGUGAGACAUACAACGGAGAGAGGGAGUGAGCGCGAGAGGAUAUUAGAAGGGAGGCUUGUCUCCAAGAUAUGGAAGGAAGUGGGAAAUGACAGGACGGCAAGCUUUGUAUGGAGGGGCCUGGCAGGGCGGGGGAGCGGCGGGGAGAGCCAAGUGGAUUCUCAGAAAAGGAGGGAAGCCGUGGAAGAGCGAAAGGUGAUUAGAGGGGGAUAUUGAUUCCUUAUUCUGCCAGAGAUUGCAGCAAGCAUGCGAGGAAUCUGCACCAUGGUUGGCAAAAGGAGACCCUGUAACCAGACACUCAGGCUUUCCAGGAGCCCAGGGAGAGAGCGGAGAAGAAAGGGGGCAGUGUGGUCUAGGAAAAUUCAACUUGUCGCUGAUUUGUGCCUGAUGCUUGCUGUCCGUCAGCAGCCUCCCUUACAAUCUUUUUUUCUCUCUCUCUCCCUUUUUUUCUUGCCUUCUCCUUCUUCACUGAAGCCUAGGGGAGCCAGCAAAGAUUAAAUGUGCUUUCUCAAAGGCAGCCACUUCAUGCUGCUAUGUCGAAAGGGCCAUUAUUAUUAUUAUUUUUAAUAGUAAAAGAAAACGGGAGAGAGAGGCUGAGACAGAGAGAAGCAAGGUAGGCUGAUGACGGACUAGCUUUUCUGGGAGGAAAAGGAAAGUGAGGGAGAAAGGAGAAAUCCUGAACUGAACCGGACGAUCGUGCCUGAGAAGAACCUCCAGAGCAUAAACUACAGAGUCACAGUCUCUAGAUUUGGUGUAGCGCUUCCUGCCCCCGCCUCCCCUCCCCGCCCCGUGGUCGGUCCUCUAUUGAAACACCUCGCCCAGGCUAGCGCACUGCGAGCUCGCAUUUCCCCCCCUUGCUCGGAAUGGUGUCACGGGAGGCUGCAGCCCCGCUCCGCUUCCAAAGGUUGUGUUGACGUUCCUUUCAGCUGGUCCUCUAGCCCCCGUCCUCAGGAAGGUCUCCCCAGUGAAGGGACGUAAACGGCACUGGACACAGCUAUACUGGGGGAUGCUCAAGCCAACUAUGAAGUUGAAACAAAGGAAAUGAUCACCUGAAGACACCUCUUCUGCUAAGCAUCACCCCCAAAGGAUGCAAUUUCAGGCAAUAGAGCUCCCAGAAUACGAGGCAAUCUUUUCAAGAAACAGAAAAAACUUCCCAGUGACAUCUAGAUUUCUAAGGAGCCAAGGACUUCCCCUUCCUCAUGUGUAUUCCUCUGUUUGUGUUUUAAUUCAGUGGGACACUCAUUUCUAAAAUAUCUCCCCGGUAUGGAUAUGCUUAUUAAUGCACCAAUUUUUAAAAUAGAAAAUUGCACAAAUGUGUUCAUGUUUUAAGGAACAAAAUUAAUGCUAUAAGUAGGUUGAUUUCUAGCCCACAGACGGUUUGAUCUGAAGAGUGACUUAAAGGAAUAUAAAGUACUUUUGAAAUAACAAGGUAGUCAGAGGCAACCCAAAGGCUAAAAUAACGGUGGAAACUCAUAAGGCAGCUGAAAAAUACCACCGUAUCCCACCUGACACCAACCAAUUAAUUAUUCUUUUAAUCAAGCAAGAUAGGUUCCAAAGACAUGGUCAUUACUUCUAAAGAGUGUAAAUCCAGUUCUACAGUGAUACAUAAACUUUUGAAAAGAUCGUAACAAAUCAGGUCUAUAGAUGUUAAGACCACAACGAAACAAAAGAUAUAAAGAAAGAGCUUGGAGGAAGUCACCAUUAUCUGGCAAAACUAGUCUGUUUAGGGAACAGAGUUCCCAAAGGAGGAAAAUAAAAGAUGAAUCUUAAAGAAUGUUGAAGAUUUAGGCGCACCUGUCUGCUCAGUUGGUAGAGCGGGUGACUCUUAAUCUCAGGAUUGUGAGUGUAAGCCCCACAUUGGGCAUGGAGCCUAUUUACAAAAAAGAAGAAGAAGAAGAAGAAUAUUAAAGAUUCAGAUAAAUGGAAAGGAAAGAAAAAAAUAGAAUCCUUUAAAUGAAUGCAAUAUUAUGAGCAAAGCCAUAGAAGAAGGAAUCUAUGUGGUGAGUUUAGGGAAUUAUGACUAUACAUGUCUAGUUGACUUUCAGUGCCAGUGUAAAUAUGCAUAUACAGUAAGGACUUCACACCACACCUCCUCUCUCUCACCCUGAGUGUCACCUAGAAUCAUCAUCAGAUUUAUUUACCAUUAAAGCAAGUGACAGUGAUUGGUGGUAAUAUGAGAACUUAUGAUUUUUCUGUUAACUCAAUAAUAGUUGGUAUUUUUGGAGUUCUUACUGUAUGUUAAGCAUUUUACGUAUGAACUCACUUAAGCCUGCAACUCAGAACAACCCUGCAAAAUAGGUAUUAUUAUCCUUGUUUAAAAGAUAAGGUUUAAGGAGGUCAAGUAACUAGCCAAACUGCCAUAUACAGGGUUCUCAUUCAGAACAGUGAUUGCAAAACUCAUGAUCUAAAGCACUGAGUCACAAUAUUGUGAUCAAUGUUGCAGUAUUACCACUUGAAUAUUACUUGAUCGUUUUUUAUGGUAAACAAAUAGCUACAUUAUUCAGUUAUCCUGUCAGUUUUUUCCAGUUUUCUGCUCAAAUCAUGUUAGAAUGAUGGAAAGAAUUUUCAUGAUAGAAAAUUGAAAGAAUUGGAAAAUAGAGCUUAUUGGCACUUCUGGCUUUUGUUUUGGCUUUUACUUUUUUUUUUUUUUUUUUUUUUUUACUAGAUGUUAAGUAAAUUGUUCUUUGUGUUCUGCAGAAAAUCUCAAAUUCUUGAGAAUUAUCAAGGGGGGGGCACUUAAAGGUCAUCUGUUGUGAUGUGCUUUUCUACAGAUGACAGAUCAAAGUUAGAGCGACUUACAGAAGAUCACACAUUUGCGUUUGGCAGGGCUAAACCAGAAACCAGGCUGUCCAGUUUCCUCUCAGAGGCUCUUAAAGUAUGCCACGCUGCCUAAAUGAAGGAUGAACUUGAGUUUGAUCAAGGAAAGCAUUCUCUCUGGGUGAUAAAGGAGCACCGCACUUAGUAGAUUACUUCAAUUUUGCAUCUCUUUGGCUUCCCACCUCAACAUGAAAAAAAGCCAGUUAUGAACUAGCAUCUUUUGACGUAGCAACUGUCAAUGAUCCAUCCCCAGAGAACAUUAAUGGCUCAAGUUAUGUGUAUAAUGUCUUCAAUGAUAUCCUUAAGUUAUUUGGAAUUCUUAGCUCACCUAAACAAACCAGAUCUUCUAAUGAGCAUUUUCUUACCCAAUUUCAUGCACAGUAUGUAUUCCUAAGUGCUUCCGCAUGAAUAUUUAUACGUGACUGUUUCAAUAGUCCUUAUGUUUUUGAAAAAUAUCGAUGGUUAUUUGCUAUUUUAAUCCUCACUUAUCCUUGUAACUAACUCAAGGAUACUUCAGCCCUAAAAAGCUAGAAUUGAGGAAAUAUCACUCUUCUCUACCAGCUCUUUUGCAUUUAGUUGGCAUUUAGUAAUGAUUAAUAAAGUGGUCAGCUGAAUAACACAGAGGUUCAGUGGGCAAUUCCAUCUUGAAGGGGUCAGUUAAGCUGGGUCUACUUAAGGACAAACAUGUAGGUGUUUGGAAGUACCUGCAUAUUUGACUGUUGUAAAUUUCCACGUAAAAAUCUGGCAUUGUCUGACAUAGACCUUGUGGCUUGGGUCAUCCUGUUUUCAAAAUGAUGAUUAUUGGACACAUCUCGCACAGUUCUCAUUAAGUGAGUUCAUAAAUAAGCAGGUUUGUUUGUUUGUUUGUUUGUUUUUAAAGAGUAGCCAAGCACAAGAUGUGACUUUGUUGACAUUUUAUGAGACUUUGUCAUUUGUCCCUUGAAUCCCCAAUAAAAACAAUGUUGUAUCAACUGUGAA